AAGAAAUCGGAACUGCUGUUUCAAAAAAUUUUCACCCAAAACAUAACCUAUAUUUACAUUUAAUUACAUGGGAAAAUCAAUUCCAUUUUCAUCAAAACUGCUGCGAGAAUCAUAACAUCCGAUCAAAUGAAACCACAAUCCAAACGCCCCAAACCCGUUGCUUUUCAGACCCGGGUUGGCCCGCCACGCGAACCCGCCAAACCCAAACGGAUCACCCGGCUCGCAGUACAACAACAAAAACAACAAGAAGAAAAACAACAAAAGCAGAGGAUGAAGACACUGGCAGAAAUCUCAAACCGUCGGGUUCCUUUGUCGGAGGCCGUGUCGGAUUGCUCCAUGCGGUGGUUUCGAGAAACGCUUUUGGCGGCUGUAAAUGGUGAUGUUAAUAUGCAGGUGUUGGUCGGUCAGAUGUAUUAUAGUGGUUAUGGCACUCCUAAAGAUGCACAACAGGGACGAAAAUGGAUUGAGGCAGCUUCCAGGAGCCGUAGCUCGGUUUGGAAAGUUGCCUAUAAACCUCCAGGUUACACUGCUAGCGACUCGGAUUCAGAUGAAGUGAAGACUGAAGGAAAACAGACCUAAAUAUAUGGUAAUGAAGCCACUUGAGUUCUGUUUUUAUUAUUGUUGACUGUUGAGCUUCUUGAACUACUGAAGUUUGAUUCAUUUGGCUGCACAAUUAACAUAUCAGUUCACUGCAAGCACUUCAAAAUGCUUGUUGCUAGUUUUUUUUGUUGGAAAUUGUAUAGCAAACUUCAAGGACUGGAAAUACUGCAUUAAAGAAAUUUGAAAAUUGGGUUGGGUGGAAAGGGAGUAGUUCUUUGUGAGCUUUGACGGC